CAUCCUUCAUCCCCCCAUCCUUCUCAACUCCCGACGUGUCCACCUCCCGCAUCUCCGCCCCCGCGCGUCCAAUUGCCCGCGGCGCCACCUGCCCGCAUGGUCGCCUGCCCCCUGUGAUCGCCUGGCCACCUACCCGCUGCGGCGGGUCUGUAUCUGCGCGGGUACGGGUACACCCGGGAGAGCCGUGGGUAGACCCGUGCUCUGCCCCUACGCACGGUCAAGGGCAUGGAGGCUGCGAAGGGGCGUGCACCCUGACCACAUCGCCACCAUUCAAUCUUCUGAUGUGGCUGCUCGACGGCCAACAUCUUGAACAAGAGCGAGGACUUUGCUCGCCACGCCACCCAUCCUUAGAUCUCGCGCAAUGGACUACAACCUGCGCAUAUGGCUGCCGGAGGCUUCCAGGACCACUAUCACCUCAGCUUCCGUCAAGCUGUCCACGCUCUCGCCGGUUUCUACACGCUGGCCACCGCCUACGUCGCCGUCGCUACCCUCGAGCCGGUUUGGACGGCAUGGCGCACGAUGUCAGCUAUCUCGGCCUGCAAACUGUUCUGAGAUCCGUGGGGCGGACUCUUUACUGGUCUAUGUUCUUCGUGGCGUCGCUCAAGGGCAUGCUGUCUGACUGGAACGUCCAGGGUGCAUCGGGUGCCAUCUGCAAGGCUCGUACUAAUCCUCGCAUGUGUCAAGUAUCGCGAUUUCUCUGCUGGUUAGAGACUCCCCGAUGUACUCAGUAUACUUUCCCUAGUCUCUCGUAGAUGUAUAAUUCACUGCCUGGAAUUCCAUCUCGAGUACCUCUAUGCCGACAUCGCUGCACUAUGUAUGCUGUAAUAUCUAUCUAUAAGUGUAUGUACGGUUGCAAAAGGCAUAUGCUAAGUCGGUAGCACUACUACGAUGCUGUAGAGGUACCAGUAUUAUAGGGGACAAGUACCGUAUCAUUA